CGGGCACGCGUACUGGCGGGCGCGCGCACGGACGGCCGGGCGGCGUUGGCUCCCGGCGGUGGUGGCUUCACUUUCCAGGACUGAGGGGCGGUCAGAGCCGCAGCCGCAGGCAGCAGCCUCGAGAGCCGGAGCUGGAACGGCCGGGGGCGGCGGCGACGACGGCGGCGGCGGCGGACCGGAGGGAUCUAAAAUGUCCACUGAAGCUCAAAGAGUUGAUGACAGUCCCAGCACUAGUGGAGGAAGUUCUGAUGGAGAUCAACGGGAAAGUGUUCAGCAAGAACCUGAAAGAGAACAGGUGCAGCCCAAGAAAAAGGAGGGAAAAAUAUCCAGCAAAACAGCUGCUAAAUUGUCAACUAGUGCUAAAAGAAUUCAGAAAGAACUUGCAGAAAUUACGUUGGACCCUCCUCCCAACUGUAGUGCUGGACCUAAAGGAGACAACAUUUAUGAAUGGAGGUCAACUAUAUUGGGACCCCCAGGAUCUGUCUACGAAGGAGGGGUGUUCUUUCUUGACAUUACCUUUUCACCAGACUAUCCGUUUAAACCUCCAAAGGUUACCUUCCGAACAAGAAUCUAUCACUGUAAUAUUAACAGCCAAGGUGUGAUCUGCCUGGACAUCCUAAAGGACAACUGGAGUCCAGCCCUAACCAUCUCUAAGGUCCUCCUCUCCAUCUGCUCACUUCUUACAGACUGCAACCCUGCCGACCCUCUGGUGGGCAGCAUUGCCACACAGUACAUGACCAACAGAGCGGAGCACGACCGGAUGGCCAGACAGUGGACCAAGCGGUACGCGACCUAGGGGCCUGCCCGCUGCACCCCCGCCGGCCUGUGCAAGCACACUCACCAAGUGCAUCGUAUCCCUGCCCACCCCUCCACUCCUCCGUUCUGGUUUUCCUGUUUUUAUUAAAUUUUGAACUGUUUUGAGAUGGUAUGUCGUUUUCCUUCCUCUCCUCCCUCUCUUUCCCCUUUUCUCUCUCCCUCCUUUUCUCCCUAGUUUUCUUUCCUUUUUGAUUUCUGUUAACUUGAAAGAUUUGAGAUAUUUUCCCCCAUCUCAAUGUAGAUGGGAACCUUUGUUUUCAGUGCAAACAAUGUUGAAUCUGUAAUCGUAAGAGCUUUCUUACAAAGCUUUGUAUUACUGUGUGUCAUUUUGGUUUUUGUUGUUUGUUUUAUUUUGAUUGUUUUCUUUUAUGUGAUCUUCGGGAAAACGCAUUCAAAAUUAUAUCUCGUUUCUACUUA